UUCUUUCUCUCCCAAACCCACAUACGCACUAACUCUCCAACGCGUCAGGCGAGAAGAAGAAGAAGACGGAGAAAACAGGAGAAAGAGCGACUAAAGCGAGGAUAACUUUUCCAACAACAGCAGCGAGGACGAGGAGGAACUUCUAAAGAUGUCAAACGUGUCGGUUUUGCGGACGGAUCACUUUGGAGCGCGAGGGAAGUGAUUUUUUUUCCUUUAGGGAGACAUCAGGAGCGAGGACGCGCGUUUUUUUCCGCCGUAUGAGACGUCAGAAAUCAGCUUGGGUUAACAAAGCAGGCGCCUUUGAGCUGGAUCUGGUGAUUUAAUGUGCCUGGAUCUCCGUGGAGGGCAGUGAAGGAUGCCAGGAUGCCCUCUCUGAUCCCCCAUCUGCUUGUCAUCUGGCUGAGCGUCCACAGGCUGGCGUGGUGCACGGAGCGCUCCUCCACACGGGAGCGCUUCAAGGUGGUCAUCGCUCCUCUCAUCUGCAAGCGGAUCUGCCUGAAGGGCCAGUGUCAGGAUACGUGCGAGCAGGGCAACAACACCACGCUGAUCGCUGAGAACGGCCAGGGCGCAGACACACUGAUCGGACAGGGCUUCAGGGUCGUUGUGUGUCCCCUGACGUGCUUGAAUGGAGGAGUAUGCAGUUCGAGGAAGCACUGCCUGUGCCCUCCUGGCUUCACUGGUCGCCUCUGCCAGUUUCCAAUCCCGCAGACACAACAAGCUCAAGCAGCACGGGGGAACGAGUCGCCCGUCUACCCCAUCGCUCUGAAACCAGACGGUCUGAAACUUGGGGAACAGUCAAGCGUGACGAGGACACAGCUCACGCAGACGCACUCAGUUUUUACAAUCCCUUUCUCAUCAGAAGUACAGGUUAAUUUACGUGUCCACCACGCACCAGACACCUCUGUAGUCAUUCAACCUCUUGACCAACCAGAGGACAAGCCCCCUACUAAGACAGGGACACGUCCUAUUCCUACGGGACACAAACCAAAGGGGCGCUGCUUCCAGGAGACCACUCCAAAACAAGCGUGCAACAGCACCCCACUUCCUGUUCUGACCAAUCAGGAGGAUUGCUGUGGCAGUGUGGGGAACUCAUGGGGACAGAAUAAGUGUUAUCAGUGCCCCAAACUACCAAAUGCAUCAGUCAAACACACCAUUGUAGAGGACUACGGCUCAACGUGUCCACAAGGCUAUAAAAGAUAUAACAGCACUCACUGCCAAGAUAUCAACGAGUGCUCCAUGCAGGGUGUCUGUCAGAAUGGAGACUGUCUGAACACCCUGGGCAGCUUUAAAUGUUUAUGUAAGGCCGGUUUGGUGCUGGAAAGAAAUCGAUGUAUCGACCCUCCAGGUGAGCGAGCUCAGUGCUUCCUGUUGGUGACAAACGACAGAGGCUGCGAACACGCUCUGUCCACUCACAUCACACAGGAGAUGUGCUGCUGCACUGUGGGCAAAGCCUGGGGACGCAACUGUGAACUAUGUCCUCAGGUGGGCACAGUGGCCUUCAGUAAGAUCUGUCCAGCAGGGAAAGGCUACUUUUAUCAACACAUUACAGAGACCGUGGACCUCCGUCCUUAUAUCCCCACCUUCAAGCUUGAAAAGAAAGAACCAAAGCAGCCGGAGAGGCGUCCAGAGGUGACGACUGCUGCUCAGCAGGCUCCCAUCAGCACCCACAGUCCUCGUGUGCCUGUUGUUAAACCCACCCCUCCAACAAUCAUCAGAUUGACCCCAGGCAAUGACCCCUUCGAAACACAGACUAAAGUCUUGCCAGAGACAGAUGAAUGCAAGCUAAGCAGGAACAUCUGUGUUCAUGGAGAUUGUGAGAACAGCCCAAAUGGCCACAUCUGUCACUGUCACCCCGGCUACCGUCUCAACCCGCAGAGGAACAUCUGUGAGGAUAAUAACGAAUGUGAGUCAGACCCAUGUGGUCAUGGCCGAGGACAAUGCAUCAACACAGAGGGAGGUUACAAAUGCCUCUGUCGUCUGGGCUAUAAACACAUGGUGCAGCAUGGCAGGCUGAAGUGCGUAGAUGUGAACGAGUGCUCUAAGCCGGACAUCUGUGGUGUUGGAGGCCAGUGUUUGAACCUCCCCGGCUCUUAUAAAUGUGAAUGCCACAGCGGCUACAGGAGCAAGUCGAACCGUCACCCUGCCUGUGAAGACAUAAAUGAGUGUUUGAAUCCCGACACUUGUCCCAAUGAGCAGUGUGAGAACACACCAGGCUCCUAUGAAUGUGUCCCAUGUCUGCCAGGUCAUGAGGCUCGUUCUGGUACCUGCUACGACAUUAAUGAGUGUCAGAAGCCUGGCAUUUGUCCUAAUGGGCGCUGUGAGAACCUCCCUGGUACUUACCGCUGCCUGUGUAAUGAGGGCUUCAUCCCAAAUGCAGACAGCAAAGGCUGCAGCGACAUUGAUGAGUGCGAGGACCACCGGCUGUGUGCUUACGGUCACUGCCUCAACACAGAGGGCUCCUUCCAGUGCCAGUGCUACCCAGGAUACCAGCGCACACAGGAGGGCAGCCAUUGUGAAGAUAUAAAUGAGUGUGAGAGGCCAUCAAACUGUCAGCGCGGCCGCUGUAUCAACAGCAUGGGCUCAUACCACUGUGAGUGCCAGAAAGGCUACACGCUGGUCGGAGGCAGAAGGUGCCAAGACAUUGAUGAAUGUGCCACAGACAGAAAUCUCUGCCAGCCCUACGGAUCUUGUGAGAACAGACCCGGAUCUUAUUCAUGUGUCUGCAAUCACGGGUACGUCCUCUCAGAGGACAAACACAGCUGCGAGGCAGUUCGAGUGCAGACCGAUGAGAAGAAGGAGUGCUACCUGAACCUGGAUGACACCGUGUUCUGUGACAGUGUCCUCGCCACCAAUGUCACCAAGCAGGAGUGCUGUUGCUCAAUCGGGGUGGGAUGGGGAGAUCACUGUGAGAUCUACCCCUGUCCUGUCUCCCACUCAGCUGAGUUCCACUACCUGUGUCCAAAUGGACAAGGUCUCUACUACGAUGAAGGGCUCAUGUACAGCCUGCCUGCUUACCAUGAUAUUGAUGAGUGCUCUUUAUUUGCUGAUGAAAUCUGCAAGAAGGGUCGCUGUGAGAACACGCUGCCAGGCUACGAGUGCUACUGUCAACGGGGCUUCUACUAUGACAGCAACCUGCUCGAGUGCAUUGAUGUAAAUGAAUGCCAUGAUGAGUCUCUGUGUACUAAUGGCCAGUGCAUCAACACCGAAGGCUCCUUCUACUGUAACUGUAACUAUCCCUGGUCUCCAGACUCCAACAAGAAGAAGUGCAUAAUGACAACAGUAGCAGAUGUGAACGAGUGUGAGGACCCAGAAAACUGUAAGAAUGGCCACUGUGUGGACACUCCAGGGUCGUACUACUGCAUCUGCUCUCCACCCUGGACCCUGGCCAUCGAUCGCAACAGCUGUGUGACUCCUGAGGAGCAGGCUGAUGUGAAUGAGUGCCAGGACCCCUCGUACUGUAAGAAUGGGAGGUGUGAGAACACGCCCGGCUCCUUUCACUGUUUUUGUGACCCUCCCCUCACCUUCAGUGCAGCGCUGAAACAGUGCGUCUAUGACGAUCGCACUGCAGCCCACAAAGACGUGUGUUUCCUGCAGGUUGAUGAAGGUUUGAUCUGCAGCCAGCCCAGGAACGAUAUUGUGGUGACCUACUCAGAGUGUUGCUGUCACUACGGCCGUGGCUGGGGGCCGGAGUGUAACACCUGUCCAUCCAGAAACUCAGAGAUGUUCAGCCGUCUGUGUGAGAUGCAUCUGGAGACUGAGUCUGAUGGGGAGCAGGAUUUCCUUGCAGCUUUUGCCAAUUACAACCCAGGUGAUAGUUCAGAGGAGGAUUCAGACGAGUGCAGCUGUGCAAAUGGACGAUGCGUCCGCUCCUACCUUGGCACCAUGUGUGAAUGUAACACAGGCUUUAGGCUGGACCACUCCCGCACCCGCUGUAUAGACAUUGAUGAGUGUGGAGAACCAGGAACUCGUGUGAGCCCAUGCAAGAACGCACGCUGUGUAAACACCCCCGGAUCAUACAAGUGCUACUGCAAACACGGCUUUGUGCCCACACGCAGGCCGAACAUUUGUGUCCGACGCAGGACCCGAUAACCUCCGUGUGCCUUUCAGUUUAUCCCUCUCUACAGUACAAGACGGACUCAAACACGCCUGUAGUACAGACAGGGGACUGUGUGUACUUGCUCCUAAAAACAGGAGCUCUCAGCAGCAGCCAUCCCAUAGUGCUGGCCAAUAUAAAACUUGCAAAACAUAUCACCGUCUGCUCCUCUCUCAAUCCCUGUUUCACAUUUAAAAAAUACCAUCCAAUACAGCUCAGAUGUUUGACAAACAUUUUUGUAAUUAUUGUUUUUAAGCAGUUUUUGUUAAGUUUAAAUUUUGCAUUUCUGUGUCCUUUCAUUGAUCUCCAUGUUGCAUUGUUUUGAAAUUGAAAUUCAGAUCCAAAGAUCAAUCUGGUUGUCUACUUAAGCCCGUUUAAUAUUUGUAUAAUACCGUCACAACCUAGAAAUGUCACAGUAGUCCCCUUUACAUUCCCCUCAAGUCAACAUUUUCUUGUAUCUGUUCCUUAUUUGACGUCAUCUGAAGCGUAUUUUCUAACUUCACAUUGUUUGUCUUUUGUUAUUGUACAGUUUGUUUGAUGGUCUGACAGUGUGUAAGAAUGGUCCCUGUCCUAUCCCUGUUUAUUUGUUGUUGUAAAAUAUGACAAACCUGAAGUUUUUGUAUAAUUUGACAUGUGCAACUAAGUGGACUGUAAGCUAGAUUAAAAGUCAUGCACUUAAACAAUAUAGCGGGAAUAUUUGCUUUAUUUAGCUUAUUCCGCAAAAACAUGAAAGUUUGACGUCUGUUGUCACGAUUGCUGCAUUAAAGUAUUUUGAAAACCAAAGAAGCUUUUGACAAGAAGACUUUAAUAAAAAAUAAGAUGUCAA